AUGUUCCAACAAUCUGAUCUCAAUAAAGACACCUUCUUAGACAAACGAGAAUUAGACAGUUUUGUUCGCAAUUCGAUCAACAAUGUGUUUACAGAAAGUGUCAUAGACGAUGACACUAUAGAAACUGCUGUUGUAAUCGCAGAUACGAUGUUCGAUGAAGCCGAUGCCAGUAACAUGGGCCAACUCAGCUUCAAAGGUACGUGUAAAAACAUAAUUUAUGUCUUUUUAUGUCAUUAAAACUUUUAAAAAUAGACAAUUUUAUGCUGAUAACAAAGGGUAUGUGUUUAAAACCACAGUAAAAGGCAUAUUUAGGUACGUUGUUGUUCCGCUCACCCGCUAACAUGUUGGGUGAAAAAAUCGCCAACAUGAUUGUUGAUUUGGUUACAGAGACAGAUGCACUGGAGAAAGACAGUUCGUUAAAUCAGUUUUAA